GUCCUGGCAGAGUUCCUCCAAAGUACAAAUACACACAGAGCUCCCAUUGUUUGCAGCCCUUCACAAGCCCACUGAUCCUAAUAUGGAAUUCAGCAGGAAACCCAUGAUUUCCUGACACACAGCAAGCUGAAGAAAGAAAGGAAAAACUCCAUUAAAAACCUCCAGGCUCUCCUCCAUGUUAGAAAUGAAAUGGAAAAUGGAGUGGAUUUAACAGGAAUCCCUGAUUCCUGCAGCCAAGCUGGAGGAAGGGAAACGCGAAUCAAAGCUGCAGGCUGCUGAUAUUUUUUAAGUCGCAAUAAAUACUGAGAACUCCCAAGCAGGAUGAAGAUUUCCUGACUCUGACGAGUAAGAAGGGACAGAUAGCUUUUUAAUGAUAUUUCUCUCUGUAUAUUUAAUUUAUUCACCUCCAUGAUUCUCUUUACUGAUCUGGUAAUUGUUAGAAGUGGCUGUGACAGCCUGGAAACAUUAGUAUGAUUUCCUGAGUUUGAGAUUUGCUGCCCCCCCCCCCCCCCCCCCCCCCAAACUCAGGAAAAGUCAAUACAAUCGCACUUCAUUUUUCCUUCAUGUGCACUUGGAAGUCCUGGGAGAAGCAAGAGCAGCGGCAGCAGCAGCAACAGCAAGAAUGAACUGCAAGGAAAAUGACAACUGCACUGACGGGAGCAGCAAUAACGCGAAGAAGAUGUUAAAAUGUGUGGUGGUUGGGGAUGGUGCAGUUGGGAAAACCUGUUUGCUGAUGAGUUAUGCCAAUGAUGCCUUCCCAGAGGAGUAUGUCCCCACUGUGUUUGACCACUAUGCAGUAACUGUGACUGUGGGAGGACAACAACACUUGCUGGGACUUUAUGACACUGCAGGGCAGGAGGACUAUAAUCAGCUGAGACCCCUGUCCUACCCUAACACCGACGUCUUCUUGAUCUGCUUCUCGGUGGUGAACCCCGCCUCGUAUCACAACGUCCAGGAGGAGUGGGUGCCCGAGCUGAAAGUCUGCAUGCCCAACGUGCCUUACGUCCUCAUAGGAACACAGAUCGAUCUUCGGGAUGACCCCAAAACUUUGGCUCGACUGCUUUACAUGAAGGAGAAACCACUCACCUACGAGCAUGGAGUGAAGCUAGCAAAGGAGAUUGGAGCACAAUGUUAUCUGGAGUGCUCAGCCCUCACACAGAAAGGCCUCAAGACUGUCUUCGAUGAGGCAAUCCUGACCAUUUUCCAUCCCAAGAAGAAGAAGAAGCAUUGUGCAAAGUGCCAUAGGUGCUGCAUCCUUGUGUGAAGUCACUUGGAAAGAAAAGCAAGAUGAGUUCAAUUGAAACAAAGCAGGUUAGAAAGGCAAUGAAGGUCACAUGAAACUGAAAUGCAGAACAUGACCAGAAAGGGGUCUUUCUUUACCCAAAUAUAGGAGCCCUCUGUUCUGUGAAACCUCCAAGUUGAAUCACAGUAGGCCAACUCAUGUCUAUGUGCUUUCCUAACCCUCCAGAGCUGUACGCAGCCUGCUCCCACUACUGCAGACUGCACUGAGCCAACAGAAACCAGGGUGCCUGCUCCUGCUUGACUCUUCAACUUAGGAAUAAGGUGAAGGUGGCAUGUGGAAAAAAAAGUUCUAAAGGUGGUGAAAGAAAUAAGAGAAACUCCAUUUCUGGCCUUAAGCAAGAAUCAAUCAAAAUUAGGAAUUUGCAGUACUUAGGGAUUGAAUCUGAAUUGACUGAAAGCACAUGAUCUGUAGAAAUCUAAUAUGUAAGAUAUACACUAUAGGUAGGGUGUACUUUUUAACUACUUUUCUUUUAUAAGACCCACUAGUUCAGGAUAUGCUUUAGUUUGUUCAAAUCGCAUGGAAGCAAAAGUGGAGCGAUUCCAAUUUGUUUUCACUUAAUGGUGAAACCUCACAGCAUCAGGAUGUUGCUGCACCCAAGCAAUCAAAAUGGAUCAACAUUUACCUCCAGACUUAAGGAAUGUCCUUAUAACAAAAAAAAAUGCAAAUAACUGUAUUUUUACAGGGGAAUGUUCAGGCUGAGCCAUGUUUCCAUAAGCUGGGAAAGGAAGAACAGAGUUGUAGCAUUAAUGUACAGAAACAAAGAAAGUCUACCACCAAAGAAUAUAGCCCUGGACAUGAAAUAGCAGCAUGGAACCAUCUCCCUUCCAAACUGAGAACACGAAUGAUACACAUUGCCAUGGCAACUGAAAAUUUACCUUAUAGAUCAGCUGGAUUUCUACAUCUCACCCAGCAGACAAGAACAGCAAAAGCCAAAAUGCCAAAGGUCAUACUGACUUCAAGUGCUUUAAGGUGAUCCAAAUGCCUUAAGAUUUUUUUUUCUUUUAAUGGAGUAUCUCAUGUAAAAAAACCUAUCAAAGUUGAGAUGUAAACAUGUUGAUUUAUUGUAGCCUUCUUCCCCCCAUUCAUUACUUCCUUCUUUGCUCCCAUUUUUCCAUCUUCGUUACUGUGGGUGCUGUUUAAGUUGCAGCCCGGCUGCAGUCAGCAGGAGGGAACUUUCACAAAAGUCACAGGUGAUUGGCUGCAGCUGACAGCACAGAGAUGGGAUGUCCAGACCUUAAGGGAAGGGAAGCUGCCUGUUAGCUCUCUUUGCUGUUGAAGAAAGUGUGCCUUUUCAAUAAAGCCUCUCCAGGGAGGCUGUACAUACCGCAGCAACACAGACGCUCAGAAGUGAACUUGACAGAUGUCUUGUUACUUCCAUCUGCCUUCAGGUACCCUGGCAAUACCAUGAGACUGUCGUUAUGUAUUCCAUUCCCCAAGCAGAAAACCACAGCGCCAGCAAAUGCAGAUUUGAAAACCUCUGAUGUAACUUCUUGCAAAGGCAACGCCUGUAGUUUCAGGAGUGCUGUAGCAGUAAGCAAGUAACAGCAGUACACCUUCCUAGCCUUGGGGCAUUCCCCCACACCCCACUCCAGGGGACUGCCGGUCCACUCCUCCUCAGAAGCACAGUAGCAUGGCUGAGCACACGCAUGCAACCAGAAGAACUCAUGUGAUUAGUGGUGAAUUAUAGACUCACUGUUACUUGGAGCAAUUAGUGACUUCAGCAGAACUGUAGGAACUGCACCCUUGCCACAGAGAAGGGAACAAGCAUGAUGCAGUGCCCAGUCCUGCAGCCAUCAAGGAUUAUGGAGCCAAGCUCCUUUAGCACAAAUUCACUUUACCAUGGACACCUACAGAAACCACCUCUGACACCCAGAGAUGUUUCCAGGUAGAAAUCAACAGUUUUCUCUGACCAAAGUGAUCAAAUUCAAGGCAAGUGCAUUGUUGCCAUUACCCAGCCAACUUUCACUCACCAUCUCCUUCUUGCAGCACACAAGCAUGGAUGAAAACAACAUUAUGCAAAAUCAAAGACAGACAAAAGAAAGAUUUCCUCACUGCUGUCAUUCUUUGCUCCUGAUUUACAUUUUGUUUUAUUAUGUCCCAGACAUUUGCUUCAAAUGAACUGGCUGACAAAGCACAGCUCAGAGUGAGGACAGUGCUGAAGCCUGGUGAAGGAGUUCACGUCAUGCCGCAGAGGCUGUGUUGCCAUCCCCAGGCAGAGCAGUGAGUAUUCACAUGGCUGGGAGACUGGCAAUCAGCUGAACUAUAAUGUGUAAAGAGAUAGUAGGGGAGUAUGUGGAAAAUUAGGAGUGGAUUCAAUAUAUAAAUAUUUAGGUAAUGUUUGUUGUGUUACAACAUAACUAGAAGUCCACUGAAACAAAAAGAAAAACCUUUCAACAGUUUUCAGAGAAAAUUAGAGCUCUGUUGUGCAGCCAUUUACUUCAGUGGAAAUACAAUGGGAUGAUUACUUUGUUUUAGCUCAUGUAGGUUGCUGUAGAGCGCUAGCCUAUAUACAAGUCUCUGGUUAAAGUAAGUGAAGUCUGUUUUAGCUGAAGCACAAUGCAAACAUUCAGGUUGGAGCUGCCAGAAACUCUUAGAGCUUUACAAAAUACAUAGGAAAUAGAAAUCUAGACUGACAGCUGCGCUUAUCAUAAAAUAAUGAGCACACUGGAAAAGUGCAAUCUAGCAUUCCCAGCAUACCCAGAGAAAGCCACAAAUAAUCAAAUGAUAUUUUUGUUUGCCACCAAAUAUCAGGGGUGUCUGUUAAUACUAAUAGGAUGGCAUGGGAUAUGAAUAUACAAUAAAAAACAAAUAGGAAUUUGUAGCAUUAAUGUAACUGCAGUGGCUCAAGAAAAACCAAUUUAAAAACACACGGUGAUGUAUAAGCUAAAAUGGUACUGUCCUAAUGUAUUAAACCACAGCACCCUGCCCAAAUCAUUGCAACUCUGUUUGAAACUAUAUUUUUUAAAAUAAAUAUUUUUAAAAUAGCUAUAGUUAAUUCAGACCCCAUAAACAUUAUUGCUGUAUUAGAUUAUGUAGAUACACUUAUCCAUGUAAUGUUGAUCCUUACUCAAGGAUCUGCCCUCUUAUGCUUAUUAUUUUGGGGAGGCAGGAAUAGCACAGGCCAAUAGCUUUUAAAAAGGGAUUGUAGGCAGAUGGAAGGAGACUCAUUGACUAUUUGGCAAGUCCUACCUAAUACCUUUUCUAAAAGCCAACAGAUGGUGCGUGAAGAGGCAGUAAAGCUUAUUUUCAGAAAUAUCACAACACCAGACACAGUGCAAGCACAGGCAUAAGGCAGCAGAUAUAAACUUCAAGUUAUUUUCAAGCACCAUUAGUAACAAGAAAAGAAAAUCAAUAAAUGAUUGCCAGGUGAAAGGAGAUAGGCUUGUUCAGUGUAAGAUGAGCUAGAAACCAAACCCCAAUUUCACCUUCAAAGGAGCACUCUUAGGAGAGUCAUAGAGGCUAUAAACUGUGGGGAGUGAAGGCGGUAAGAUUUGCAUGAAAAAGUCUGGGAAUGAGCUCUGAGGCC